UAUCGACUGGAGCACAUCCCUAGUUCGUACAAUCGCCUCGAAGAAUUUAUUAUUAUUCGGGAAUAAUUACAAAAAAAAUGCAAUAAAAAAGCAAACACGAGUGCAGUUCUACCAAAUUAACGAGGCUCCCUUGCGUGAGCUUGUGAACCGCUGGGCGAAUCAGUGCACAGUGACUUUGUGGCUCGUUUUCACGUGAGGCAACAGGAAAACCCAAUCAAAACGUAAACAAUGGACGAAAUAAAGCUCGCCAAGGUGGAAAAUGUGCGGAUGAUAGAUCGCUACAAUACCAAAAAUCCCACGGUUGGCACACUCUAUCUAACGGCCACCCAUCUGAUAUUCGUGGAGCCCGACAGCAACAAGGAGACCUGGGUAAGUGGCCCAUAAUGACAUCAUCAAUACGCUAGCUCCCGACUAAAAUUCGCGUCCCCUUUGCUAACAACUUUGUCGGCUGGAGUGGCAAAUGUGGAUUUGCGUUUGUGGGCCACGCAAAACGCUUAUGUGAGUCACCACUGUGCUGGCAACUAAGUCCGCUGCCUGCGAACGUGCUCAAAUGGGUUUCUUUUCGGUUUAGCACCGACCUCGCAGCUGUCAAAAAGUUUAGAGCCCCUCUGGCAGCCAGCCGACUGAUGUCUUAGGUGCUCUGCACCUUUCCUUUCUCGAGAGGAGGAAGACAGCGGUUGAGUGGGGAAAAGUUUCCUUUAACGAGUUUGCAGCAUGUUUCCUGCGCUUUAAGAUUCUUAUUUACCUAACAGAUCCUGCACAUGCACGUGGCCAGCAUUGAGAAGCUUCCCUUGAGCACGACAGGAUCUCCGCUACUCAUCCGCUGCAAGACCUUCCUCUCCGUAACUUUCGUCAUUCCCAAGGACUCCGAGUGCCACGAUGUCUACACUUCGCUGCUGAAACUCUUCCAGCCGGUGUCCAUCAACAAAUUGUACUGCUUCAACUACCAGCCGAACAAGGAUGAUUUCCCCAAGAACGCUGGCUGGGAUUACUUUAAACUGGAGGCGGAGUUCAAGCACAUGCUGGUGCCCAACGAGGCCUGGACGCUGUGCUCCAUGAACGAGAAGUACGAGCUGUGCGACACCUAUCCGCGUCAGAUUUACGUGCCCAAGGAGGCCACCACGCUGAUGCUCAUCAGCAGCUCGCGAUUCCGCUCCAAGGGGCGGCUGCCAGUGCUCACCUAUCUGCACAACAACAAGGCUUCCAUCUGCCGCUGCAGUCAGCCCCUGUCCGGAUUCAGUGCCCGCUGUCUGGAGGAUGAGCAGAUGCUGGAGGCCAUACGCAAGACGAAUUCCAACACGGACUACAUGUAUGUGGUGGACACGCGACCGCGGAUUAAUGCCAUGGCAAACAGAGCCGCCGGCAAGGGAUACGAGAACGAGGCCUUCUACGAGAACAUCAAAUUCCACUUCCUCGGCAUUGAGAACAUCCACGUCCAGCGUGCCAGUCUGCAAAAGGUGCUUGAGGCCUGCGAACAGAAGUCGCCCACGAUGAGCGCCUUCAUAAAUGCCCUGGAGUCAUCCGGCUGGCUGAAGCACAUUCGCUCCAUAUUGGACACGUCGAGCUUCAUCGCCAACGCCGUGGACAAGGGCGUCUCGGUGGUGGUCCACUGCUCCGACGGCUGGGACCGCACGGCCCAGGUCUGUUCACUGGCGCAGCUGAUGCUGAACCCCUACUACCGAACCAUCAAGGGCUUCCAGGCGCUAAUCGAGAAGGACUGGCUGGCAUUCGGGCACAAGUUCAGCGAGCGCUGCGGUCACAUCCAGACGGAUGCCCGCGAGGUGUCGCCGAUCUUCACACAGUUCCUGGACUGUACCUGGCAGCUAAUGUCGCAGCGCAGCGAGGCCUUCGAGUUCAACGAGCGGUUCCUGCUCAUCCUGCACGACCAUGUGCACUCAUGUCAAUUCGGCACCUUCGUGGGCAACUGCGAGAAGGAUCGCUUGGACCUAAAGCUGGCCGAGCGCACCUUCUCGCUGUGGGGCUAUAUGGCCAAUCACCUGAACGAGUAUAUCAACCCGCUGUACAAACCAAAUGUAGACGAGGCCAUUAAGGCCAACCUGGCACCGCAGUGCAUCAAGUUCUGGCGCGGCAUGUACAGUCGCUUCGAGAGCGGCAUUCAUCCGCGGGAGCCACUGGGCGACGUGCUGCUCGAUAGCAAGGAGCACUGCAACUCGCUGGAGGACCACGUGCAGCAUCUGACCAAGCGCAUAGCCAGCUUCAAGAACUACAUUUCCAAGUCGGCCAAGAAACUGCAAGACGCCACCAGCGCCCCUGGCAAAGUGAACAAGGAGCUCUCCAGCAACGAGAUCAAUGACAACAAAUACAACUACGAUAAGAAGCUUAGCGAACUGUCUGCCGCCGACGACGAUCAUCCGCUGAAGGCCAGCAACAUGUCCUUCGCCAGUCUGUCGCUGAGCGCGGAACAAUCCAGUCCGCCGCAGGCGCUGCCCGAGGAGAUCAACUCCGUGGCCGUAGACUGGAAGCCCAUGCGCAACGUAACCACCUGCUCCUGCUCCACGCCCUUCGAUCAGUUCAGCAAAAAGACUCACUGCUGGCGCUGCGGGGACAUCUUCUGCGAGCGCUGCAUAGACAAGAACGUGGCUCUGCCAGGACACGACAGUGGAAAGCCGGUGCCGGUGUGCCGGGGCUGCUUCCGGCAAAUGCAAAAGCAAAGCCCGUAGAGGCAAGGCAGGCAGGAUCGAGGAAUGGAGCGGAGCUAGGGUGUGCAAUCGAUAUGGAAACGCUAUUAAAUUUAUUGUGUGUAUUUAUUGUUGCAUUUGUAGACUUAGCUGCUUGUAGAAGCUCAUUCAAGUUGUUGCAAAUGGAAAUCAAAAGAGCAAAACCAAAUCAAUCCACCAGCGAUUGGCUUCCAGGCAUCGUCCUAGUCUAUAAGCCGGGCACAAAACUGUAUUUUGUUAUUAGAAUCUAGAGCUACAUAUUUGCUAAUCCCAGCCCCACCCGCACGGAAAGUACAAUUGCAUGUCAGAGCGCAGACUUGCUCUUGAUCAAAAUAUUUAUAAUUUCCGAGGAACUCGGCGGUCUGCCGGAUGUACAGACACUUGGGCCUAGCCCUCCUUCGCAGCAGCGGUCCCUGGCAUCAAGCAUAUUCCACUAGCAUACCCGUAAAUUAUGAACUACGCAUCAAUCUUGUUUGUCGAUUUGAUCAAAGUGUAAUAAAACUUAUUUAUUCAAC